AUGAGCAAGUAUCUUCUCCUGGGCUUUUCCAUUCUGAUCUUCUGCACAGUUGCUCAAAGUCUUGUGUGUAAAGUCUGCAAAUUCAAAGUUGGCUCCUUAUGCUUCAAAGAUGAUGAACCCUGCAUAGCAAAAGAAGGCCAUUUCUGUGAGACAACCAAAGUAUAUACAGGCAACCUGAUGCUCUUCACGAAACACGGCUGCACCAAGCACACGGAGCUUUGCAACAAGACCGAGCAGAGGGACAACAUCUUCGACAUGAGCUACAACCGCACUUGUUGUGCCUUUGACUUGUGCAACGGGGGCUUUGCCGGCAACCCCAGCAGCCCACUCCUAGCCGGCCUCAGCUUGGCACUGGGGUGGUGGCUGGCACAUUAA